UAACUCGCAACCCCCUGGAGCAACAACGUGUAUUGUUCAUUGCACAAUGGCUGGUUCAAUAUCCCAGCAGCUGGAGGAUUUAUUAAACCCUCUCCCAAAGUUCGUGGACCCAGAGGAUGAUCACGAUGAGGAGACUAAAGCCAAGGUGAUAGAUACUUUUGAUGAAGGUGAUGAGGAAGAAGAUGGCGUGUCUUUGAGCGCACUGCGGAAACAGGCCACAGCCCUGCUGCCAGAGACGGACAGCAGGUACCUGGGCCAGACCACCUCUCGCAAGGAGCUGCUGAGGGACAUCACAGGAGAUGAUGAAGAUGAUAUUGAGGAUGAAGGGGAAGAAGAGGAGGAGGGUGAUGGCAGUGAUGAAGAGGAGGGUGAUGGCAGUGAUGAAGAGGAGGGUGAUGGCAGUGAUGAAGAGGAGGACAGUGGGGAGGCGGGGCUGUCCGAGGUCGGAGGCUUGGUGUCCAGGAUGAAGAGCGCUGAGCUGACAUCUUCCUCAGUGAUGGACUUCCACAAGCUGACGGCAGGGAUGGAUGACCUGGAGGACGGAGAGAGCGAGGAGGAGGACGGAGAGAGCGAGGAGGAGGACGGAGAGAGCGAGGAGGAGGACGGAGAGAGCGAGGAGGAGGACGGAGAGAGCGAGGAGGAGAUGGAAGAUGAAGAACUGGGAUCUGUGAGGACUUUCUCUAAGGAGAAGGUAGAUGGAGAAGUGGAGAAGGGGAAGGCAGUGAAAGACCAGCUGGCUCUUUGGGACCAACUGCUUGAGGGACGAAUCAAAAUCCAGAAAGCUCUUGUGACAGCCAAUCAGCUUCCUCAGCCCCAGACCUUUCCAGAGUUCAAGAGGAGGGGAGGAGCUGAGUUGGCGGGAGCGCUGAAGAACAGUCACAAAGCCCUGAAGGCCCUCCAGAGGUCUCUGCUAGAGCUUCAGGACCAGCUGCUGUACCAGAGCCCCGACACCAGGCCCCUGGCCCUGGACAGGAGGUGGGGAGAACACAGUGAGGAAGAGGAGAUUCAGAGUGAUGAAGAGGAGCAGGAAGCAGGGCAGGAAGUGGGGGUUUCCGUGGCGCCCGGAGGGGAGGCGGGGCCUCCCAAGCGUAAGCUCGACAUGGCAGAGUACCCAGAGUUCAUGGUGAAGCGCUUCGCAGCCUUCCAGCCAUACAGGGACACCACACUGCAGAGCUGGCAUGAUAAGACCAGGCUGACCCUGGGAAAGGGGGCAAAGGGCUUCGGGGCAUUCGACCGCAGCGUGGUGACCCAGGUGGAGCAGGUGCUGCUGGACACGGAGAGGCUACUGAGACGUACCCAGACCCCCCGCUCAGAGUACCGUGUCCUGGGGAGGAAGGAGAGGCCUGGAGACAACCCCACAGAGACAGGGGGGGAGGAGGGGGAGGAGCAGCUAAAGGCCAACGCCCACCUCAGAUACCUGGACCAGGAGAUCUUUGAUGAUGAUGACUUCUAUCACCAGCUGUUGAGAGAACUGAUCGAGCGCAAGACGAGCACAGCCGAUCCCAACGACCAGGUAGCCAUGGGCAGACAGUGGCUGGCCAUCCAGAAGCUGCGCAGCAAGAUAAAGAAGAGGGUUGACACCAAGGCGAGCAAGGGACGCAGAGUCAGGUUCCACAUUCACAGUAAGCUGGUGAAUUUCAUGGCUCCCAUCGACCACAGCUCCAUGAAUGAUGAUGCCCGGACUGAACUGUACCGUUCACUAUUUGGAAAGAACUUGAGUGAUGGUGUAGUUCAGGAGUGACCAGGCCAGGGACACGGGCCGGGCCAGGGACACGGGCCAGGCCAGGGACACGGGCCAGGCCAGCAUUAUGCAAAUCAAGUCUCUGGACUUGGGAAGAGCAUACUUCAGACUACCCACAAUGAGCAAGACAAAAUGCAUACAUUUGGCUCUGUUCUUAGUCUGGUUCUCUGGUGCCAGUCUGGUUCUCUGGUGCCAGUCUAGAGACAAUCUCAGCCCGGUUUGGACUAAGUUCAGACUGGAUUCCAGUUGGGGAUUUUGUUUAUUUUUUACCUGACUUUGUUUCAUAGAGUUGACAUUUUGUGUACAAUGUUUUAUAUAUUUGAACUCAAAGUUUAUCCUUCUCAUUUGUGCUAAAUGCUGAAUAGAAACAAACCACCAUUGAAUGUUGGGUAAUAAAAAUGUAUUUUAUUGUAAUAGU